GAUUUCACGCACAUUUUGUGGCGAAAAAACUCGUCUUGUUGUUCGGUGAAUGGAAAUACUCAGUUUUAAGUGUGUUUUCCUGAUAAGACGUCGUGUUCACAAUGUUUCCCAUAAGUUUAGCCAUCAACUAGUUAAUUGUGAGUGGUCAGAGAGGUGCCAGAUGGGCAUUAGUGAAGCAUUUAAUCGGUGAGAUAAGUCACCAUCAUUUAGCUCUCCAUAAGGAAAAAAAUACCUCGGUGAAGAUCCCGUGUGGCUAGGAAAUCGGAAGAGUGUGUGACCUUUUGUUGCCCCCCUGCUGUUUCAGAAUCAACUGGCCAAAGAUGCGGCUGACACGGCCUUUGUUUGCCUACACCAAAAAAAUGCUGGAUUUUUACUCCCAGUUCAAUCCAUCUCCUCUGUCAAUUAAGCAAUUCAUAGAUUUUGGUCUCAAUGCAUGUGAGAAAAAAUCCUAUACUUUUCUGCGGAAGGAGCUGCCAGUGCGUCUGGCCAAUAUAAUGAAGGAGAUUGCUUUGCUUCCGCAGCAGCUCCUGAGGCAGUCUUCUGUGGCCAUGGUGAGUCAGUGGUAUCACAAGAGCUUCGAAGAGAUCAUCAAUUAUGAAAAAAUUGAACCAUCUUCGAGUACCCUGAAGCGCUUUGUGCAGGAUCUCAAGCUCAUUCGGGAUCGUCAUUCGGAUGUGGUUCAGACCAUGGCACUGGGAAUCCUUGAGCUCAAGGAGUCCCAAAGUGGUGAAAUUGACCCAGGGAUGGAAGCUUCCAUUCAGUACUUCCUUGAUCGUUUGUACAUGUCUCGCAUCAGCAUCCGCAUGCUUAUCAAUCAGCAUACCAUCCUCUUUGGUAAUACGCAUCCAGAUCCUGGUAAGCACAUUGGAUGCAUCGAUCCCAUGUGCAAUCCCAGUGCUGUGGUCAAAGAUGCCUAUGACACUGCGAGAUUUCUCUGUGAUCAAUACUACUUUGGGGCUCCGGCUCUUGAGAUUGAGGAGAUCAAUGAACUGGAAAAGGAUCAACCUGUCAGGAUAAUCUAUGUACCAUCGCAUCUCUAUCACAUGCUCUUUGAGCUCUUCAAAAACUCCAUGAGAGCCGUUAUGGAGAGGUAUGAGCAGGACGAAGAGAACAUCCCGCCGAUCAAGGUGACAAUAGUCCGAGCAAAAGAGGAUAUUUGUGUGAAGAUGUCCGAUCGAGGAGGAGGAAUUCCUCGAUCGCAGAUGGAUCUUCUGUUCAAGUACAUGUUCAGCACAGCUCCUCAGCCUCAGAAGAAUCAAGAUCAUCAAUCAAAUACAGUUCCACUCGCUGGCUAUGGAUAUGGACUUCCCAUCUCACGCCUCUAUGCGAGGUACUUCCGAGGAGAUCUUUGUCUGAUGUCCUGCGAGGGAUAUGGCACUGAUGCCGUUAUCUAUCUCAAGACCCUUUCCGACGAGGCAAAUGAACUUUUGCCAAUCUACAACAGCUCCAGUAGAAAAUUUUAUGAACCCAUCGUUCCCAUUCGCGACUGGUCAUCGCCAAAUAACAAAACCCGGCCCCAGAUCAUCAUUUAAAAGUUCGAGAGGAAUGCAACAGGAAUGUGCACAAAUUGUGGUGAAGAUGAAACUGAUGGUUGUACGAGAGGUUAUUGAUCAUCUCAUGCAUUUGCUCAUCCCAGCCUUUAAGCCCCUGAAUCCAUUCUUUAAUUCCCCAAAAUCAUCUUUGUAUGUUCUGUGUCUCAGUUUUUUUUUUGUCCACAGAAACGAAUUGUACAAAACAAUGGGAGAUAAAUAAAAUAUUUUGUUACUGAAAUUAUCACAAA